AUGGAAAGAGGGGAGGAGAUGGAGGAUAUCCAAGCUAGUGAGAAGGAUAGUGGGAGCAGAAGAAGUGUGGAGGUGGAGGAUAGAGGCAGUGUGAAGAUGCAUGGUAAGGAGGUAGUCAGGGAGCUAGAAGAGGGUGAGCAGGGGUGUGUUUCAGCUAAGAAACAAGAGGGGAAUCUCAAAGCUCAAAGUGGGACACUGAAGGUCCCUGUGUGGAGGAGGAAGGGACAAGCCAAGGGGAGACUCAAUAGAACUGAUAUUCCAAUGGAGAUUGUUCCAGUGCUGGGGAUUGGUAAGAGACAUAGACAGAUUUUCGAGCCAGCCAUGGAAGUGGGCGUUUGGUUGAAUUGUGUUUGUAGUCCACCGGCGGUGUGGUACUCCAUGAAGGAAAUGACCUGCUUUUCCUGCCCUGCAACAAGACAGUCCUUCAAAAUGGCAAGUGCCAACCCAUCCAUCCAUUUUCGAAAUUGGUAUUACCUGCAAGGCGCAAGCAAUGCUUCGCGGAACGAAAGCAACAUAUUUCAACCCUAA